AUGACGCCCUCGAAAACGUUUCCGAAUUUCCUGCAUGCUUCCCAGUCUUCUUGGAAAGUCCAUUACUCGAAGUUCGGCUACAUUCGUGCCCAGGGCCUGGAAUCCUGCCUCGAGUCAGCCGGUCUCAUCAUCAACAUGACCCAUUUCCAGGAGACCAAAUGCGAUGAGAAUUACGCCAAGCUGCAGGAGAUCAAGGCCGUGUACGACCCCGAGAACAUGUUCACUCCUCACCCGCAAGAUGUUCCUCUGCCUGGCCAGCAGGCCCCUGCCGCCAUCAGCUAG